GUGUGACAGAAUAAAGGCACUAGCCAACUUUCCAAUUUAGUCAGAACACUUAAAUUGAUAUUUCUAGCGUUACGAUUGCUAUAAUUUGAUCUAAUAUUUUAUUAAAAUAUAAAAAUUCAAUUUAAUAGUUAUUUAGUUAGUAUUUUGAAACGGCAUAGAGCGGAGCAUUAGUCACUGCGUCUAAAAAUCGAUAUCAUUCUAAUAUACAUGGAACGUGUGAGGUUUCGCAACACCAAAGAGGGAGCAGUAAGUCAAAAACUAAUCAAAAAGCAAGAACAGGAACAACCACUAUUUAUUGUGUUCUAAAAAUAUUUAAUGGGUGCGUACUGAUAUAAAGAUUUUCCUAGUAGUAAUAUAACUAAGUAUUAAAAGUAUAGUAUUCUGUAAAAGCGACAAUAGUGCUUCAAUAAAAUAAUAAUCAAAUAUUUUAUAUUCAAUCCAGUUUAUUUAGCUUGGAUCUGUACUUUGCAUUUUUGGUAAUGGUACAACAAGCCAAUCGUGGAUGUUUAAUCAAGAGAGGUUUUUGAAACAUGUCUAAAACCAUCAAUGCGUAUAGGAUCAAGAAGAUAGAAAACUACGGCAAAAUGACACAAAUGACACAAGAAGAAAUUGUUGCUGCUGUAAAAACAGUCGCCCAAGGGUUGGAAGCCUUGAGAUCAGAACAUACAGGAAUUUUACACAGCCUUCAUGAAGCCCCCGAUCCUGUAGUUAGUGAAAGAGCUGGCUUAGUGCAGCAGAGCGCUGAUAUGAUAGAGCUUGGUCUUGGGGAAGCACAGGUGAUUAUGGCAUUAGCCGCACACUUACAACUAGUUGAAGCUGAAAAACAAAAAUUGCGUACGCAAGUUAGAAGAUUAUGUCAAGAAAAUGCAUGGCUUCGUGAUGAAUUAGCGUCUACACAACAGAGAUUGCAGUCCAGCGAACAAAUGGUCGCUCAAUUAGAAGAGGAUAAACGUCAUCUUGAAUUUAUGAGUUCAGUGAGCAAAUUUGACCAAGAUGUAACUGAUGACAAUGCAUCUGAACAGUCAAAGAGUGAAAAACCCGAUCCAGUAGUAGAUCUGUUUCCAGAUGAUGAAGCAGAUGACAGGCAUAAUAUGUCUCCUACACCACCAAAUCAAUUACAACUAUCUCAACAAGUAAAUGCUGGCUACGAAAUUCCCGCUCGACUCAGAACCCUCCAUAAUUUAGUUAUACAGUAUGCUUCUCAAGGUCGAUACGAAGUAGCAGUACCUUUGUGUAAACAAGCUUUGGAAGACUUGGAAAAAACCAGUGGACACGAUCACCCUGAUGUAGCUACCAUGCUGAACAUUUUAGCUCUUGUUUACAGGGAUCAAAACAAAUAUAAAGAUGCUGCAAAUCUUUUAAAUGAUGCUCUAGCAAUAAGAGAAAAAACUCUCGGAGAAAAUCAUCCAGCUGUAGCUGCUACUUUGAACAAUUUGGCUGUGUUAUAUGGUAAACGUGGAAAGUACAAAGAAGCUGAACCAUUGUGUAAAAGAGCACUAGAUAUAAGAGAAAAGGUGCUUGGAAAGGAACAUCCUGACGUAGCUAAACAAUUGAAUAACCUGGCUUUGCUAUGUCAAAAUCAAGGCAAAUAUGAAGAGGUAGAAAAGUAUUAUCAAAGGGCGCUAGAAAUCUAUGAAAAAAGGCUAGGCGCAGAUGAUCCGAACGUCAGCAAAACCAUGAAUAAUUUGGCUUCUUGUUAUUUGAAGCAAGGCAAAUACAAGGAAGCUGAAGUUCUCUACAAACAGAUCCUUAACAGAGCACAUGAACGGGAAUUCGGAACUAUUGACGGUGAAAAUAAGCCUAUUUGGCAAGUAGCAGAGGAACGUGAGGAGAAUAAAGCCAAAAAUAAAGAAAAUGUACCAUAUGGAGAAUAUGGGGGCUGGCAUAAAGCAGCUAAAGUGGAUUCUCCGACUGUUACUACAACUCUUAAGAAUUUGGGCGCUUUAUAUAGGCGUCAGGGCAAGUAUGAAGCUGCUGAAACUCUAGAAGAUUGUGCCCUACGCAGCAGAAAGGAAGCAUUGGACAUUGUGAAACAUUCUAGAAAUCUUCUGACAGAUGAUAGACGCAAACCCGGAAGUGUAAAAGAAAAGACUUCUCGCCGAGGUUCUAGAGAAUCUUUAGAUAUGGCUUAUGAUGGAGAUGAGACCACAACUGCAAAGACUCCAGACACGGAAAAAAGUGGCCUAAAAACUAAAUUGUUCAGCGCACUUGGAAUUCAUUCACCAGUGAGCAAACCCAGCUCUUAGUUCUGUUCUUUUUUACCGAGAAUAUAAUAAAUUGUAUAUGUUGAGCUUUAAGUUUGAGAAUGUUUAUAUAUAGUAAUAUUUACUAAAAAUAACAUUCCAUCUAAUUGAAAGUUGUUUAGGAAAAAAUUCUAAAUACAUGGAGGGUUCUGACUAGAAAGGGAACAUGAAAAGCUUCUGCGUCUGUUUGAGAUGGAAUUGGAAGAUGAAGUGUCUCCGAUUUCGUAAAUAUUGCAAAAUGCCACAGAAUUUGACACAAAAGUUUAUUACAUUUUACAGUUUAAUGAGGUAAUAAAUAGACUCUAUUGAAGAAUAUCUUUUUAUGUGCACAUUUCUGCAAAUAGAAGAAAUAGAUUCAAGUUAAUUAUAGAUUAGUAACCCAUUUCAAUAGUGGUUACUUAAGCAAGCAGCAGUCUCUUAAUGUGCAUUAUAAUAUAUUUGCUUAUUAAACUUUUUUCCAAAUUGGCAUUGGUGAUUUGGUACAGAUACAUUUUGGACAUAUUUAUUCUUCAGAUAAUUAAAUUUUUGACAAGUCUGCAAAGAGAUUUGACAUUUAUGCCGUGGGAAUGAUUUUAUGUUUGUUAACGAUACUUUCUAGUAUUGUUACAAUAAUGUUCAAUUGAAACCUUUCCAGUAAGUUCAUUUAACAUCUAUAUUUUGACUGAGUCGAAAUAUAGUAACACUGAACCAAGUAGAUUUGGAAGAUAAUUAUAUUACCUGUCUUAUUAUCUACAUUUCCAGAAAUGUAUUUUUCAUAAGGCGAAUAACUGGAAAGAAAAAAAUUAUCUGCCCCUUACGAGGUCCGUACCCUUCAUAUUUUACUUUUGGACUUUAUUUUCAACUUGAGUGAUUUCAAGUAUAAACUCGUUACAAAAUAUAUAAGUUUUUUCCUAAACUGAAUUUAAAUCAUUCAGAAAUUAGCGAAUUCAAAAGCUUUAGUGCAAUAACAAAUAUUUUUAACAACAUGCAUUAAGUAUAACGAACAAAUAUCUGAAAAACAAUUUAUAGGAUCCGUCAUUCUUAUAUUUUUUUAUUUUGUGCUUAAUGAAGUUUCAUUGCUUAAUUUAAUAAUAUUUUAGAAUUAACUUUUUAAAAGGUGAUCAAUACUUGCUUAAACUACUGGCUUGUAUUACAAUUUCAAUAAAGUAUCUGGUUAAAGUA